CAUCAUCCCUAUGAAAACGUAUUAGUGGAAAAUUCCAACCAACAUGGAGGACCAGAAGCCAGAGGAAGACGAGGGAGUGCGGGCCGUUGACCUGAUUCAUCCUGAAAUCCUCAGUAAAGACACUCUGGUUGACAUUCUUACGGAGAGAUUAGUCCUGAAGCAUCACCAUGGUAACCAGAGUCUGGACAAGGCUCACCUGGUGGAGAUGUUCUACAAGGCAGUCACUCCUAAACCACAGAGGAAGUACAGGUUAAACAGACGAGGAAGAAUUAUGACAAAAGCUCAGAUCAGGCGAGCCAAACUCAGGGCAAAGAAGACUGGUCAGCAAGAAGAACAAAAGAACAUGGGGCUGAAGAGGAGUGCAUCACCCACAGAGCCAAGGCUGAAACCACCCAUCAACUGUGUCAAUUUUCAACGUAAAACCAUCAAACUCGGUUCCUCACCUAAAAGUGUGUCGGCUCCCGGUGAAACAAACACAGCAGCAGCAGACAGACUGAAGCCCCCUCCCACUGAGAAGCUGUCAAAAGUUGCAACCACAAACUCAUCAAACGGUUCAUCGUCCAAGUCAAAGCCUGAACCUAUCAUAUUUACCACAAACCCAGAGAAGAAAACUACACCCAUUAAGUUAGUUAGAAGUCCCCCCACCAGUCCCAUUGCUAACACUGGAGUAGUAAAGGUGUCAAGUCCAACAUCGGUCAAACCUCAAGCAUCAGCAACAGAAACAACAGAACAAGUUACAGAAAAGAGAAAGAGCACUGAUGAUUCAGAGGUCUCAUCAGAACAGGAUCACAACAAGAAGAAAUUCAAGCCCAGUAAAAUCACUUGGCCCUAAAUAUUUCAAAUACCUUUACUCUUAUUCCUAGUCUUAGUGCAGAUAACCUCUCAAUUGUACAUUUGACACAGGAUCUUUUUCUAGGAGUCAGAUUUGUGUGAGGGAUUAACACAUUUUACAUACUGUGGAUGACCCAAUCACAGUAUAUUUUAGGAACUCUUGCCACAUGGCUCUAAGGUGUCUAAAAAUACGACCCAGUACUGCAAAUGCUGUGACCUAGAAUGUGUUGAACAUGUGUUUAGGGACAGUGAAGGUUACGGUCAGUAUUUGCUUCCAUUCUUCACUUUAAAACGACCGUUCAGUCAUGUACCUAAGUUCGUUGACCCCAGAAUGAAGGCCAAUAUUCAGGAGCAAAAGUAUUUUGGACUGAGUUAACUUUAAUGGAAGCUGUGCUACAGACAUUUUAUGAAAUAUUGUACUGAGAUUCAAGGGUAUAAUAUUGUUUCAUGUCAUAAAAUGUAUUACCUACUCCCAUACUACUUCAUCAUAGUUUUUGGUAAUUAUUGAUUUUACAAUUCCUGGGGUGACAUCAAGAGUCACAUAACCAAGUGUAAUGCAAUAAUAUAAACUUUUGUGACCUACUAGUAUUUUGGUGCCCUUUUACAUUUACCAAAGUAUUCAAUUUUUCUCUCUUACUAAAAGGCAUAUGUGUCAUACUUGAGAAGAAAAGACAGCUGAUAUUGAACCUAGAUACUGAGUAUUUU